AUGCCGCCGAACACCACACGUCCCACUGCUUCUGCUCAGGCUCAAACCAGUACCGGAACCAGCGGCAAAGCCGGUACCGCCAAAUCCAGUACCGGAACCAGCGGCAAAGCCGGUACCGCCAAAGCCAGUACUAGUACCGGAACCAGCGGCAAAGCCGGUACCACCAAAGCCAGUACCGGAACCAGCAGCAAAGCCGGUAACGGAGCUAGCGAAGCUAGCAGUUCAAGCUGUAUAUCUGUCUUCGUUUAUGGCCCACUGUCCAUACAGGAAAUCUUCUUCAAAGUCUGCUACGGAAAUAAAAACCCUGGCCCGAGAACUCGCAAUUACCAUGGUUUCAAGUCCGCCACAAUCGGUGGCUACCAGCGCCUCUGCGUUAAAAACAACGAGCUGCCGGGCAUCACCCCGAAACCGGGCCUCACGACCGGUGGCAUUGUCAUUACGGGGCUUACCGGUCCGAAGUUGAAGAAGCUGGACGCAUUUGCAGGUGACCGGUACGUGCGGAGGUCCGUCACUGCCAAUAUAACUAAGAGGCUCCCAAACAACAUGCUCGCCGACGGCGAGAAUGUGGCGGUCCAAACCUAUGUCUUCAAGAACGCGAACGACCUUGAGAUGUUCGAGGAGUGGGACCUCGAAAAGUUCUACCGUGAGUCCAGGGCAAAGUACACGGAUUAA